GGCGGAGCCAGCCCGGCCCCCAGCGGCCCAGCCCCCGCGUCUAGUCCGCCGCACCAGCCAGGCGUCUGUCCCUGCGUCCGUGUGUCCGUCCGUCGGUCCGAUCGCGCCACGGUCAGGGCUUCCGGGGGCCACCAAGGGGGCGUCGGUACCCGGCCGCACAGAGGCGGCCUCUGCCUCGGCAUGAAGUCCCGCAGGGACAAGCUGCACAUCCCGGCGCUGACCCUCGAUCUGUCUCCGAGCAGCCAGAGCCCGUCCCUGCUGGGUCCCAGCAGCCCCUGCAGCCCCUGUAGCCCCUCCUUGGGCCUGCACCCCUGGAGCUGCCGCAGCGGGAACCGCAAGAGCUUGGUGGUAGGAACGCCCUCCCCGACCCUCUCCCGGCCGCUGUCGCCAUUGUCGGUCCCAACGGCAGGCAGCAGCCCCUUGGAUAGUCCUCGGAAUUUCUCGGCUGCCUCUGCCCUCAAUUUCCCCUUUGCCCGGAGCCACAUCCCACGCACGGACAGGGCAGACGGCAGAAGAUGGUCCCUCGCGUCUCUCCCAUCUUCCGGCUAUGGAACCAACACACCCAGCUCCACCCUCUCGUCAAGCUCAUCCUCCCGGGAACGUCUCCACCAGCUUCCCUUCCAGCCGACACCGGACGAGCUGCACUUCCUGUCCAAGCACUUCCGCAGCUCAGAGAAUGUGCUUGAUGAGGAAGGCGGCCGGUCACCCCGCCUCCGCCCCCGCUCUCGCAGUCUCAGCCCGGGCCGUGCAACGGGGACCUUCGACAAUGAGAUUGUCAUGAUGAAUCAUGUGUACCGGGAGAGGUUCCCCAAGGCCACAGCACAGAUGGAGGGCCGUCUGCAGGAGUUCCUGACGGCCUACGCGCCUGGCGCCCGGCUGGCGCUGGCUGAUGGCGUCUUGGGCUUCAUCCACCACCAGAUCGUCGAGCUGGCCCGAGACUGCCUGGCCAAGUCUGGCGAGAACCUCGUCACCUCCCGCUACUUCCUAGAGAUGCAGGAGAAGCUGGAGCGGCUUCUACAGGAUGCCCAUGAGCGCUCGGACAGUGAGGAGGUCAGCUUCAUCGUCCAGCUUGUCCGGAAACUGCUGAUCAUCAUCUCACGGCCAGCUCGGCUGCUGGAGUGUCUGGAGUUUGAUCCUGAGGAGUUUUACCACCUGCUGGAGGCGGCUGAGGGCCAUGCGCGGGAGGGCCAAGGCAUUAAGACUGACCUUCCACAAUACAUCAUUGGGCAGCUGGGCCUAGCCAAGGACCCCCUGGAGGAGAUGGUGCCACUGAGUCACCUCGAAGAAGAACAGCCCCCAGCACCUGAGUCCCCAGAGAGCCGCGCCCUGGUCGGCCAGUCACGGAGGAAGCCAUGCGAAACUGACUUUGAGACCAUCAAACUCAUUAGCAACGGAGCCUAUGGGGCCGUCUACCUGGUGCGGCACCGUGACACGCGGCAGCGCUUUGCCAUCAAGAAGAUCAACAAACAGAACUUGAUCCUGCGUAACCAGAUCCAGCAGGUCUUUGUGGAGCGUGACAUUCUCACCUUUGCGGAGAACCCCUUUGUGGUCAGCAUGUUCUGCUCCUUUGAGACCCGGCGCCACCUGUGUAUGGUCAUGGAAUACGUGGAAGGUGGCGACUGCGCCACGCUCUUGAAGAACAUGGGCCCGCUGCCCGUGGACAUGGCCCGCCUGUACUUCGCCGAGACGGUGUUGGCGCUGGAGUACCUGCAUAACUAUGGCAUCGUGCACCGUGACCUCAAACCAGACAAUCUGCUCAUCACCUCGCUUGGCCACAUCAAGCUCACGGACUUCGGCCUGUCCAAGAUCGGCCUCAUGAGCAUGGCCACCAACCUCUACGAGGGCCAUAUCGAGAAGGACGCCCGAGAGUUCAUCGACAAGCAGGUGUGUGGGACGCCGGAAUACAUAGCCCCCGAGGUGAUCUUCCGCCAGGGCUAUGGGAAGCCAGUGGACUGGUGGGCCAUGGGCGUCGUCCUCUAUGAGUUUCUGGUGGGCUGCGUGCCUUUCUUUGGAGACACCCCCGAGGAACUCUUCGGUCAGGUGGUCAGCGAUGAGAUCAUGUGGCCAGAGGGAGACGAGGCCCUUCCAGCAGACGCCCAGGACCUCAUCACCAGGUUGCUCCGGCAGAGCCCACUGGACCGUCUGGGCACUGGUGGCACCCACGAAGUGAAGCAGCACCCCUUCUUCCUGGCCCUGGACUGGGCAGGGCUUCUCCGACACAAAGCCGAGUUCGUGCCCCAGCUCGAAGCCGAGGAUGAUACCAGCUACUUUGACACACGUUCGGAACGUUACCGCCACCUGGGCUCCGAGGACGAUGAGACCAAUGAUGAAGAAUCGUCCACAGAGAUCCCCCAGUUCUCCUCCUGCUCCCACCGGUUCAGCAAGGUCUACAGCAGCUCUGAGUUCCUGGCCGUCCAGCCCACUCCUACCUUCGCUGAAAGGAGCUUCAGUGAAGACCGGGAGGAGGGGUGGGAGCGCCCCGAGGUGGACUAUGGCCGCCGGCUGAGUGCUGACAUCCGGCUGAGGUCCUGGACAUCCCCUGGAUCCUCCUGUCAGUCAUCUUCGUCCCAGCCCGAGCGGGGUCCCAGCCCAUCUCUCCUGAAUACCAUCAGCCUGGACACAAUGCCCAAGUUUGCCUUCUCAUCAGAGGAUGAGGGGGCAGGCCCAGUCCCUGCAGGCCCCAAGAGGCCCGUCUUCAUUCUAGGGGAGCCUGACCCCCCACCAGCGGCCACCCCAGUGAUGCCCAAGCCCUCGAGCCUUUCUGCUGACACGGCUGCUCUCAGCCAUGCCCGCCUACGGAGCAACAGCAUCGGCGCCCGACACUCCACACCAAGGCCUCUGGAUGCCGGCCGGGGCCGCCGCCUUGGGGGCCCAAGAGACCCAGCCCCUGAGAAGUCCAGAGCCUCCUCCAGCAGUGGCAGUGGUGGCGGCGGUGGGGGCCGCGUGCCCAAGUCGGCCUCUGUCUCUGCCCUGUCCCUCAUCAUCACGGCAGAUGAUGGCAGCGGCGGUCCCCUUAUGAGCCCCCUUUCCCCGCGCUCUCUGUCCUCGAACCCGUCGUCCCGUGACUCCUCGCCGAGCCGAGACCCGUCCCCCGUGUGUGGCAGCGUGCGGCCCCCCAUCGUCAUUCACAGCUCCGGCAAGAAGUACGGCUUCAGCCUGCGGGCGAUCCGCGUCUACAUGGGUGAUAGCGACGUCUACACUGUGCACCAUGUCGUCUGGAGUGUGGAGGACGGAAGCCCCGCCCAGGAGGCCGGCCUGCGGGCCGGGGACCUCAUUACCCACAUCAACGGGGAGUCGGUGCUGGGGCUGGUGCACAUGGAUGUCGUGGAGCUGCUGCUGAAGAGCGGCAACAAGAUAUCCCUGCGGACCACGGCCCUGGAGAACACCUCCAUCAAGGUGGGCCCCGCCCGGAAGAAUGUGGCCAAGGGCCGCAUGGCACGCAGGAGCAAGCGGAGCCGUCGGCGGGAGACCCAGGAUCGGUGUGCGGCAGUGACCACCAGGGAGCGGCGGAAAUCACUCUUCAAGAAGAUCUCCAAGCAGACCUCUGUGCUGCACACCAGCCGAAGCUUCUCCUCCGGACUCCACCACUCACUGUCAUCCAGUGAGAGCCUCCCCGGCUCGCCCACCCACAGCCUUUCCCCCAGCCCCACCACUCCCUGCCGAAGCCCAGCCCCUGAUGUCCCAGCAGAUACCACUGCAUCCCCACCCAGCGCAUCCCCGAGCUCCAGCAGCCCCGCCUCCCCAGCUGCUGCUGGCCACACCCGCCCCAGCUCCCUGCACGGCCUGGCUGCCAAGCUUGGGCCACCCCGCCCCAAGACUGGCCGCCGCAAAUCCACCAGCAGCAUCCCGCCCUCCCCGCUGGCCUGCCCGCCCAUCUCCGCACCCCCACCCCGCUCGCCCUCACCCCUGCCUGGGCAUCCGCCCGCACCUGCCCGAUCCCCGCGGCUGCGCCGGGGCCAGUCGGCUGACAAGCUGGGCACAGGGGAACGGCUGGAUGGGGAGGCGGGGCGGCGCAGUCGUGGGCCAGAGGCCGAGCUCGUGGUCAUGCGGCGGCUGCACCUGUCCGAGCGCCGAGACUCCUUCAAGAAGCAGGAGGCCGUGCAGGAAGUUAGCUUCGAUGAGCCACAGGAGGAGGCCACUGGGCUGCCCGCCUCAGUGCCACAGAUCGCCGUGGAGGGCGAGGAAGCCGUGCCAGUAGCUCUCGGGCCCACCGGGAGAGACUGAUCCCCUGCCAGGUCUCUCCCUGGCCUCAAAGUUACGCGUUUUCUUGUGCAAUGUUUUUUCCAUAAAGUCACGCCUGGAUGGGGACUGAGCCACCAGCCUGACACCCAGAAGGCGAGAAGCCAUCUUGGUCCUUGCUGGAAGGUGGACACACCGCUUGUGUUCUGGUGUCAAUCGGGGCUGGAUGGGGCAUGAAUGGGGGACAAGGGUAGCUUUGUAAAUAGCAGCAAAUCCCUGCAACUAAUUUAUUACUUUUUUUUCCUUUUUUUUUUUUUUU